UCUGAAGAAAUCUCUCUCUCUCUCUCUCUCUCUCUCUCUCCAACCGCUUCAAAACUCCCAACACUGUUCGCAAUUGCCUUUUGCUUUUUCGAGAUUAAUAAUAAUAGUAAAUAAAUAGAGACUUGGCGAUUUACUCUCCUUUGUAGUUACCCUCUCUCUCUCUCUCUCUCUCUCAUCGGCGAUUUGAAGAAACCCUAGCCAUCUCGAAAUGGCGAGGCCACCUCAGGACGCGAUCGACACCUUCAUCAGCAUCACCGGCGCUUCUGAGGCCGUCGCCGUACGGAUGCUCGAGGAACAUAAUGCGGAUCUGAAUGCAGCUGUUAAUGCACACUUCAAUGAGGGAGACAGGGCUAGUGUACACACCAUCUCGCAUCCUGCCCCUCAAAAUGACUUUAUGGAUACAGACGAUGUCAUAGAUGUUGAUUCCUCUGUUCCCGCACACCCUUUGCUGUCAGCUGCUCAAAAUUUGAACCCAUUCUCACUCAUAAACUCAAGUUUUGGUCAAAGAAUUUUUGAUGGAGCUACUAGUGAUUUUUCCAACCGCAUACCCCGUGUUUCACAUCCGAGGGAGGUAAGGGAGAUUCCAAUUGAAUUCAAAGAUGGGGAUGGGAAUAGUGGGCCAAGUGCUUCUUUCCAUGGGCCUAACAUUGAAGAAGUUACUGGAAGCAUUCCCGCACAUGUUCGAGAGGUCCGUGGCAAUGUUGUCAUUGGUGACGAUGAUGAUGACCUUCCAAGUGCUCCAGGUCCAGAAGUUAUUGAGCUUGACGAUGUUCCGGGAAGACGUCCUGACCCAAAUUUUACUCCCGCAGCUAAUGUGUCUGACUACAGUAAUGAUAUAGAAGAGGAAAUGAUCAGAGCUGCCAUCGAAGCCUCCAAGCGAGAUGCUGAGGCAUCUGCAAGUUGGCAGUUUGAUAUUCCUAACGGUUCAAGUGAUACAAGACAUGACAAGGAAUCACCCGUUAUGGAGGAUGCUGAUGUUGCACAUGCUGUUUCUUUGUCCCUGAAGAGCGCAGAACAGGAAAAGGCUCUCCGUGCAGUGGGAUUGCAGGUUGGAGAGCAAUCUUCUGAUCCUCUGGGCAUGGAAUUGGAAGAUGGGGGGAAAGUGUCUACUGCAAAUGGAAGGCAAGGAUUUUUCGCAUCUCAAGCAAGGGGUUCAGGUAAAUUGGUUCUAGAAGAAGGUAGUAAGUCUAUUCAGGAGGAAGCUGAAGAUGUAGAAGAACAGCCACUAGUGAGGCAUCGUUCUAGGCCCAUUGCUUCUGUAAAUGUAGAAUCCCCAGAAGAGGUCCAUAGCCCUACAUCAAGUCCUGGUGGGAGUAAUCAUGGGAGUCAUGAACCUAAUGGAGAUGCCUUUCAGUCUGAUGAGGUAUUGGUUAUUUCAGCUGCCAUAUUUGGUGGGAUCCCUGAGGGAGGUUCCUAUAAUUUUACAUACCCACGUCCUCAUGUCAUGCAUUCUGAUAUAAACUCAAAUUUCUAUCCUCGAGUACCUCGACCACCAUCACCCUCCCUAACUGCACAGCGUUUGCUGAGGGAACAACAGGAUGAUGAGUAUCUUGCAGCGUUGCAAGCUGAUAGAGAAAAGGAGUUGAAAGCUGUAGAAGCUGCUGAACGUCGUCAGUUAGAAGAAGCUGCUGCCAGACAAGCCGCUGUUGAGGAAGAGAAACGUCGAGAGGAAGAAGCUCAUAGAAAGUUAGUUGAUGAAGAGGAAUUCGAAAGAAUAAUUGCAGCAAAACAAGCAUCCCUUCCCCAUGAACCUUCUUCUGAUGAUGAGAGUGCCGUCACACUUCUUAUUCGCAUGCCUGAUGGAAGUCGGUGUGGACGCCGUUUCCUGAAGUCUGAUAAGCUUCAGUCGCUGUUUGAUUAUAUAGAUGUUGGAAGACUUGUUAAACCUGGAACCUACAGAUUGGUCAGGCCAUAUCCUCGACGGGCAUUCACUGGUGAGGAAAGCACAUUAUCUUUCAGUGAACUGGGUUUGAACAGCAAGCAAGAAGCAUUGUUCUUAGAGUUGAUCUAGAAUAGGUCCAUUGGAUAGAAGAGGGAUGAAAUAACAUUUUGUUUGGCAGACGAUUCCAUGUUGCUUUAAAAUCAUUUGGCACUAUGUCAAAAUAUAUAUAUAUAUCCAAAACUAGCAAAAAUGGGUGGCCUUUGUCUUUGGUGGUGAAAGGGAUCAAUUGUCAUCUUAAUGAUGUCGAAAUUGAGGAGAUUCUUCAUCAGCACCAUGAUGGUGGUCAUUACGCUUCAUACUGUAAUACCUAGUAUGUACAUACAAAAUGGCAUUUUAUUGUUUGGAAUUGACAUUAUCGUUGUUUAGUUGAAAUCGUGUGGGGUGAAAUGUUUUAGUUA